AUGCCCAUACCAUGGCGUGUUGUCUGGCUCGGUGCUGCAGUCGACAUUCCUGUGCCUGAGCGCCGGCAAGAAGCGCAAUUACCACCACUGCCAGCAACACAGCAACAGCGAAACACACCCUCCCUCCCCCCCACCCUGUUGUUCCUCCUCAGCCUGAUCCUCAGCCUCAUCAUCAUCGUCGUUGAAGACACUGCUGUGGCCCGUGACAUGACCACAACCACAACGAUGAUGAUGGCGCAACGCGCGAGUGAUGGCCAUGGCAGCGGUGGUGCUGGCGGCCUCAAGUGGCGGCGACGAUGGACGUGGCUCCUGUUUGCAUUCCUGGGCAUCCUCGCAACUCAAAGUUGCCUGGUCAUGCCCAUGCCCGCACCAUCCAAUGCAUUGUCACGACAGCCGGCGGCAGUGGGGCAACCGCUGCCAUCCACCGCAGCUGCACAAACAUCCACCUCUGCUGCAAACGCAUCUACAACGCCCAACAUCACCACCACAAGCACGAGGCAUCACAUCCCAGCAAACACAACCUCCUCCACCACCACGCACAGCAAUAGCACCACGACCACGACCACGACCGCCAACAUCACCACCACCUCAAGUACCCAGGGCAACAUGACGACAAUUACGAGCACGGCCAAUGCGACCACAACGGAGGACACAACCAAACCACACACCACCAUCACCACCGCAUCGGCACCGUCAACCUCGGCGUCGUCGUCGACCACGACCUCCACGCCGCAGCAUUCGCACAGGAGGAAACGGCUCAAGGGCGGCGAAAUCUUCGCCAUCAUGUGA